AUGUUGAAGCCUCCAUCUCUCUUGAUUCUCUUGCUGUCCUAUUCAGUCCUGUGGAGAGCACAGGGGUCUGGGGAGGAGGGGGCUUCUCCACAGGCCAGCUCUCCGGGAAGUACAGCCUUCGAGGAGCUCCGACAUCGGUGGGCCCAGUACCGGGAUCAGUGCCUGGAGGCUCUAGCUGCUGCCGAACCCAUAGCAGGCCCUGCCUGCAAUGGAACCUUCGACGGGUAUGCCUGCUGGCCCCGCUCAGCCCCUAACACCACGGCCAGUGUCCCCUGCCCCUGGUACCUGCCCUGGCGCCAGGAAGUGGCCACGGGCUCCGUGCUGCGUCUCUGUGGGGCUGACGGGGAGUGGGGACGCUGGAGGAACCAUUCCCAAUGUGAUGCACCAGAGGGAGAGCAGGUCUUCCAGGGCCAAAGGCUCAUCCUGGAGAGGCUGCAGCUGGUGUAUACGGUGGGGUACUCGCUCUCCCUGGCGGCCCUGCUGCUGGCCCUGCUGCUCCUUAGCUCCUUCAGGAAGCUUCGAUGCACCCGAAACUACAUCCACGUGAAUCUGUUCAUCUCCUUUGUCUUUCGGGCAGCCGCCAUCCUUACUCGGGACAAACUACUGCCCGCCUUGGGCCUUCACACUGGACACCGAGCCCAGACCCUGGCCACCUGCCGAGUGGCCCAGAUUGUGACCCAGUACUGUGUCAGUGCUAACCACAUGUGGCUGCUGGUGGAAGGCGUGUACCUGUACAGCUUGCUGGCGCUCAUGGCCUUUUCAGAGGAGAGACACUUCAGAUGCUACUUGUUUCUCGGCUGGGGGGGCCCUGCGCUCUUCGUCAUCCCGUGGGUCAUCUCUCGCCACCUCUACGAGAACACGCAGUGCUGGGAACGGAAUGAGAUCAAGGCCAUCUGGUGGAUUAUCCGCACGCCCAUCCUCGGCACCAUUGUGAUUAAUUUCCUUAUCUUCAUUCAAAUUCUGGGCAUCCUGCUGGCCAAGCUGAGGGCUCACCAGAUGCGUUGCCAGGACUACAGGCUCAGACUGGCCAGGUCUACACUGACCCUGGUCCCCCUCCUGGGCAUACAUGAGGUGGUGUUUGCACCUGUGAUGGAGGAACAAGCAGAGGGCACCCUUCGCUACACCAAACUGUGCUUUGAGAUCUUCCUCAGCUCCUUCCAGGGCCUCUUUGUCAGCAUUCUAUUCUGUUUCAUCAACAAAGAGGUCCAGGCAGAGAUCCAAAAACAAUGGCAACGAUGCCAGCUGGGCCAACGAAUGAAUGAACAACGCCUGUCCAGGAGCUACCAGUCUUCUGGACGUGGGGCUACUCCCUGCCUCUCCAUAUCCAGCAGGGCCCUGGGUGGGGAGGGAGAGGAGCCCAGCCCAGCCUCUGAGAGCUCCUGCUAGGAAAGGCUCCAACCACUCUCUGUAGCUCCCAACAUAGAAUCAGAGAUUUUUUUUUUUUUUUUAG